ACUAAGCGGAAGCUGUGUUUUUUGUUUGUUUUACGUGUUCGCUUGAUAGCGAGUGGCUGCUGCGGGCGGAGGAGGAGAUAGUCCCCAUGAACCGUCCGGUGCCCGGUGCCCGGUGUCGGCGGACAGAUUUACUUUUACAGCGCGUGUCGGUAACACCGGGCCGGUAAACGGUGAUGAAGUUCACCAGAGAUAUCUGCUGGUUGCUCGGCUUGGGAGGCGGGGGGCCAUGUGAGGAGCAGAUGGAGGUUCAGGAUGGAGCUCCUGACCUGGCGGACCGAAGAAAAGCCCAAAGCUCCUCACAGCCGGCGCCGAGCGGGGAGGACGAGGAGGCGAGGACGAGGAGGCGAGCCGAGAGGAGGAGAGCCAAAAGGAAAAGGCAGAAGGAACGGAAGAAGCUGGAGAGGACGGAGGACGCUUCGGUGCAGGUGACGAAACGGGGUCCGUCGCCCGAGGAGUUUGGAGAGGAGGCGACCGGAACGGUGUCCGAGAGCGACAGUGAGGAGGAAGAGGAGGAGGAAGAGGACGAGAAGGAGAAGGAGAAGGAGGAGGAUAAGGAGGAAGAGGAGGAGAAGGAGGAGGAGGAAUGGACGGCCGUUCCUCCCAGAAACAGAUGCAACCCGGAAUCGGUCCCCGUCGCCGUGACGACGGAGACCAAGAGCAACGGGCUGCCGCCGCGCAGGACCUCGGAGGAAGAGCCGGUGUGGGACGUCAGCAGUGCGUUCGUGGCGAACGCUGUGAGCCACGUCAAAAGCCUCAAAGCCCUGAAAACCAGAGCGACACACAUCUCCAGAGAAAACAAGGAGAACGAGGCCCGGAGCGGCCAGGUGGAGAGCACAGAAGAGAUGAAGAGGAGGGGCGAGUCUCUGACAGUGCAGGGCAUCCAGAUGUUCAAACAGGGCCAGUACAGCCACGCGGUGGACAUGUUCACCGGAGCCAUCUGCUGCGACCCCAAGGACCACCGUUUCUAUGGGAACCGGUCCUGCUGUUACUGGUGCCUGGAGCGCUACGAGCCCGCCCUCGCCGACGCUCACAGGUCCAUCCAGCUGGCUCCUGAUUGGCCGAAGGGGCACUUCCGUAAGGGGUGUGCCCUGAUGGGGUUAAAGCGCUUCAGUGAGGCGGAGGCCGCCAUGCAGCAGGUGUUGAGGUUGGAUGAGAGCUGUAAGGAAGCAUCCAAUAAGCUCCUCGCCUGCCGGGUUCUGCAACUCACGGAGCUGGGCUUUGAGGAGCAGCAGACUAAAGCGCUGCUGGAGAAGUUCACCACCGUCCAGGCGGUCGCCGCCUCCCCGGAGGCCCAAACACUGAAGCAGGACCAGAGUGGGAGCCGUCGCUCUCUGUGGGUCGGGAACAUCACGUCGGAAGUGACGGAGAAAGACGUCCUGGAUCUCUUUGAAAUGGUCGGCGAGAUAGAGAGCGUCCGGGUUCUCCACGAGCGCUUCUGUGCCUUCGUCAACUUCAAGAACGCCAACGUGGCCGCCGAGGCCCUGGAGAGGCUGCAGGGCGCCGAGCUGGGGAGCUGCAGGCUGGUGAUGAGGUACCCAAACCGCUUGCCCGUGACCCCCCUACCAAGGACCGAUGCUGCAGGAACACAGCAGAGCUCAGCUGCCACAGGGUCCAGACGGUGCGUCCCGAUAAACGGAGACCAGUGCUUCUACUGGCGGACCACGGGCUGUUUCUAUGGCGACUCGUGUCGCUUCAAACACAUACCAGACCAACGAGGUCGAGACAAGAAGCCCUGGCAGCCUUAAGUGUGUGUGUGUGUGUGUGUGUGUGUGUGUGUGUGUGUGUGUGUGUGUGUGUGUGUGUGUGUGUGUGUGUGUGUGUGUGUGUGUGUGUGUGUGUGUGUGUGUGUGUGUGUGUGUGUGUGUGUGUGUGUGUGUGUGUGUGUGUGUGCGUGUGCGUGUGCGUGUGCGUGUGCGUGUGCGUGUGCGUGUGCGUGUGCGUGUGCGUGUGCGUGCGUGUGCGUGUGUGUGACGGGUGAAGGUUCAGGGGGUCGAGGAAUGUUAAUGUUCUGCCAUGUUUCUACACCCAAGAGGCCCUCGUACAGGUCGUUCAGCUGGAGGUGCAAUCUGCGGCCUCGCCACUAGAUGUCGCUAAAGCCGACACGCAGAGUCUUUUUUAAAGUCAUUUUUUUCCAUAUAGUAUUUGGAAAUGUAUAAAUAUUUGGACAAAACAAUAAAUGAAUGAAACCCAGA